AUGAAAGGAGGAAAGAGUGGUUUCGGCCACUGGAACUUCAUGAAAGGAAAAGGGAAAUCAGGAAAAGGAAUGAAAGGAAACUUCAAAGGAUCAGGAAAAGGAAAAGGAGGAAAGGAAGGAUAUGGAAAGAAAGGAACUUCGGGUUCAGGAAAGACGGGAGCAAUCACAUGUUGGACGUGCGGCCAAAUUGGCCACACUUCGAGAGAGUGUCCGCAUCAGUAUCGUGUUUCCGCGGUAGAUGAGACUUCAGGUGAUUGGAAUGCAGAUUGGACAGGAGAGUAUGACGCAGGGCAUGACUUCGGUGAUGCCUGGGAUGCCUCAUGGGAUGAUGCUUCGUGGAUCGGUGCAAUUGAUGACUUCACAUGGCAGGUUGAUGCAUGGGAUGAUGGAUCGUGGUGGACUUCUGCUUGGAAUGAGGAUCCUUGGGCUUACGACCCGACUUCCUUCUCUCAAGCCUCCCAACCAGCCACCUCAAGCGAAACUUCAAACCAAGCGCCGGUACCACCAGCAGCUACGCAGACUUCAGCAACUUCGGCUGACAAGGUUUCGGCUGUUACCUUCGGUGAGCCUCCAGGCCUUUCACUUCCCGACAAAACUUCGAAAGCCAAAGCCUCACCCAAGCCGAAAGCCUCAACAGCCUCAGGACUUCUGCUUGCUGCGGCUGAGAGCACGGUGUCAGCGUUUAAGCCUGUGUACUACCACGCUGAUCGUUGGCACUUCGAUCCCGCAAGAAACGUUCUUGUGCGGUAUCACAAGCGCCCUCGCAAAAAUCUGUUUGUGCCAAGCGGCACUUCAGAUAGACCAGUGGCGCUGAACAAGCUUGCUCAAGAGCGGAAAACCUUCGUGGUUGAUGCUCAAGGAAAUGAGAAGGAGCUCACGGACAACUGGGUCACUUCAGAUGAGCCCACGCGAGCGCUGGAUCACUUCUGGAAAGGAAGAACGGAGUUUAAACUUACAACUCCUCCGAACCAGCGCCCGCCGACGAGACUUCUUCAGAAGAGGUCACUUCUCACUCCGCCGGCCCACGAGGAUCCGAAAGCUUCUCCUCCAGUUGAGCAAGCGCGCACUUCUCGCGCCCCUGUUGCGACAGAGUCUUUCAGACCAGAAAUUUCGCUGUAUCCGAAGAGGUCUGAUUUUCAGAAGAGCCUUCGUGAAGCUUCGGAUGGAAAUGAGGCAAGUGUGAGACGCUUUGUGGCAUCUCAACUUCAAGAGCCAGAUCCAAGCACAGGCCUUCCGUAUGAACAUGACUUCUGGUUGGACACACCGUUGAUGUGGAUUCGCUUCCACUUCGUUCCGCGUAGCACGUUGUUUGUUCCCAACGAGGAGGAACUUCAAGGUGGCCCUGAUGUCACCCAGCUUGGUCGUGAGCGCAUGACUUGCUUGUGCACUUCGGAAGGUGACCAGUGGCGCGAAGAUAAUUGGGACUUCGAAAGCGAAGCCUCCAAGAGAGAGGUUGGCUUCACUUUCACAGGAGCUACGUGUUUCGCCAAGCCGGAGGAAGAGGUCGUUGAGCCACUUCCCGUUCCGGUUGCUGGUGAGGACACCGACGCCAGAGUGCCCAAGAGACUUCCUGCGGAGGAUCAAGUGAGCAAGGAGCUUCUUGACUCGUUAAAAGCGACUCCUUGGGACCCGCGUGGUCGCCAAGAGGAGAGUGCUCACUUCGUUCUUCCAGCCCAGUCUGAAGCUUCGCCUGCCGCAGCGCCUGCAGUCUCAGACCCGCAGGGAGCGCAGGACGCGGCCGGCUCCAGUGCCGACGGCACUUCUGGAAGCAAGCGCAGCGCAGAGGCACCUCCAGAGGAUGCGCCUUCGCAACUUCGGGCCAGGCUGGAACAGUCGCAGGGAGAGAAGCGCGAGAUCUCCGCGGAGGUCCCGGACAGUGCGACCAAACUUCGGCGAAUCUCUGCGGUGCUUGAGGAUCGCCUGGUUGACACUUCUUGCGUUGCUUCUGUGACCACGCGUGACGGUCUUGAAGUUCCUGUCGAGGUUAACGUUGACCGUGCUGAAGAACUUCAGGCCUUGCGUGCAAGUGUGUACCUUCUUUGCUACGUAGAUGAUGUACUUCUCUUCGGUGCAAAGGAGCCGUGUGAGCACCUGUUUGCCAAACUUCAGGCCGAGCUUUACAGCAUUGGCCUGGGCACUUCGGAGAGCCUUUUCGUAAAAUCACUUCUCAUCGAAAUGAACAUCACUUCGCGCGUGAACAUACGCGUUUUCACAGAUUCUUCGGCCGGAAAAAGCAUGUCGACGCGCUUCGGUGUUUCGAAGAAAACUCGGCAUGUCGAACUUCGCUAUCUUUUCAUGCAAGAGUUGGUUCAACAAAACAUACUUCAAGUGAAGAAAGUUGCCGGUACUUCGAACCCCGCUGAUGUGUUGACCAAGUAUGUUUCACGUGAGGUACUUCAGAGGAUGCUGUGCAGAAAGAUGUUUCACUUCAAUUCGUUUGCUUUAAAGGCAGAGCUCCCCUUUCAACUUCAGGGACUUCAUGGCCGCCGCCGCUCCUUUGGGCUGCGACUUCGUGCCUCACUUCGUUGCCGCCAUGGCUUCUGCUUGGGUUUCUUACUUCUGGCUGGGUUCUUGGCAACUUCGCUUUGGUAUUCGUUUCUGCAUGUAUGGUUUGCGAACUUCACACCGGAUUGUGCCCACUUCGGUUGGGACAUGGAAUUUUUCACUUCAUACCGGAUUGUGCCCACUUCUGUUGGGACGUGGUUUUGGUACAGACUUCUUUGCGAUCGACGUCUUCAGUGGUUUGUGUGCUUCUACUUCGAGAAGAUGGCCCCCAAACUUCAGGUUCCGGUGCCAAAGGCAGUGGCUCUUGGACUUCCUCCGGCAGCACUGCCAGGACCCUCGACUUCGGAAGAGGCCGAAAUGACGAGGGACUUCCGCAACUUCGUGGAGGAGCAUCAGUUCUACGUUCCGGACCCGAACUUCGAGAGAGAUGAACUUCCGCCGCGACUUCCCACUCGAGCACUUCCUCAGAACACGUGGCUGGAGUUGCGCUACGCCUCGGGUCACUUCGAGACGGUCUGCGGACUUCACCCGGCGCACUUCCAGCAACUUCACAGGGCCGUGGAUGUACUUCGGGUACACUUCUAUGGCAAGGAAGCGGCUCGACUUCUCGGGCAUGGCCGAGAUCACCUCGGCUGGAGCCACUUCGCUGGGAUGAGCUACUUCGCGGUGGACAAUGUGUGCUUCACGCACUUCAAGCAUGUCCCUGACUUCUUGGAGUCACUUCGCCAGGGCCGCCAGAUCAGCAAACUUCUGUUGCCUGGGACUUCAGACUUCAGGCUGGUCUACGCGCUACUUCGACUUCAACCUGGCGUGGACAACCCGGUGGUGACGGCACUUCAGUCCGCGGCGCUGUUUCCGGAGCUCUUCGCCCGGAGCACUUCUUAUGUGGCCAACGAGACGGACUUCUGCGUCAACUUCAAGGCAAGCUAUAUCGGCCCGAACUUCGUUGAUGUACUUCCCGAGCCUUCGAUCCGGUUGUGGUUUUGCACUUCCUUGAACUUCAUCCUCACGCGCAUGUCACGAGAUGGAGAUGGCGAACUUCACCUGACUUCGGAUAUGCAGCCAUUCUCCCCGGAUAUGUUGAACUUCGCAUUUUCUCCGAGGUCAGCGGUGUGGCUUGCGUGCUUCGGACUUCAGCUUCUGUUGGAGACUUCCCCAACCGAAGCCAACCGAGUGCUUCAAGGAGGCAUCGGACUUCUGUCCUUCAGGAUGACCUCGAGCGAGAUCUUGAACUUCGUGGAAGGUAACCGCUUCCGCUUCUGGAAUCGGCGGUACAUCGACUACUUCAUCAACGUGCCCGGCGAGCACUUCGUGCUGCGACCUCACCUCCGCACUUCCUUGGCGGUGAUUCGUCUUCCGGGCAACUUCCAACAGUUCUUUGACCUCGCCUGGUCGAAGACUUCGCAUGGCUUCAACCGCUACAUGCACAUCCCGAUGAGGACUUCGGACUUCGCCCGGUUCGAGAACACUUCUGAGGCGGAUUCGUGGGUGAGUCGUGAGCUUGCCGUGCAACUUCUGAGGGCACGCUACUGA